GAAAUGGCGACGAGUGUAUUCGCGAAAUUUCUUUAAAACAUAAAUAUUUUUGUUCAUAAUUCCACGCUGACUGUUCAGAAAAAGGCAGCAUUGGUCGUAUUUUGAGAAUCCCUUAUGAUGGAGGUGGACAAUCCAGAAGAUGUUUCCUCUGGUGAAGUAGUCGAAGGAAACGAAAGCCCAGAAAAGAUUGGACCAUCCCCAGUCCCUAGUCCGAGUGAAGAGCGGAGUGAGCAGUGGCCAGCAAGCCCUCAAGACCAACAGACUGGAGCAGAGCCAGGAGAACAGCUGGAGGAGAGUCCAGAUUCACCAGCACCCGAUGAUGAUGAUGAAGUGGCUGAGCGCUCUGAUAGUGAUGACGAUGAUGAUGACAAAGUAACAGGAAAGGGGUUGGGGGAUCAUGGGGAACUUAGUGGUGAGUCAGAUCCGGAAGAUGAGGAUUUCUCAGAUCAGGAGAGUACGGCAGACAAGCCUGAUAGUCCUAUGGAGGUGGGAGAGUCUAAUCGUGACCCAGACGUGGUUUCUAAUCUCUAUGGUGAAAAUAGUGAACAGUUUUCCAGGCAGGACAAUGACAAUCAAGAAAAUUUAUCGGACUCGGAAAGAUGCAGUAUCAUUGAGUCUUCAGGGAUAAAAGAUAAAGGUCCGCUGACUACUCCUGUUGAAUCAAAUGACCCACCAAGCAGUCCAGAGAAGCACAGAGAAACUCAGCAGGAUUCUGUGUGUCCUGCUGAGCCAGUAUCCAGUCCGGGUAGUCCAGAUGGUCAAGAUGUUUGUUCACUUGGGUCUAGUAGCGAUGAUGGAAGGCCACAAAGUCCUGACCAGGAGAUGGAACCCUCUUGUUCUCCAGAUCCUAGGAGUCCAAAUGACCAGCAAUCCCUUGGACCAAAGAGUCCAGAUGUUGGAGAUACACCAGCUGGAGAAGGUGGACCACAAAGUCCUGCUGAAGACUACCCCCAAAGUCCUGAGAAGGAGGAGGUAUCUGAUCAUGGACAGACUGACUCUGAGGCUGAAAGUGAGGAAGAUAAAACUGAUGAGGAUAAUGCACAGGUUCCAGUUUCUGAUGAGGAGGAUGCCCAAGUUGCAGUGUCUGAUGAUGAGGAUGGGGAGUGUGAUGCUAGUGAAGAAGAGCUUGAAUGUGAUACAGAUAAGCCAGUCUCUGUUGUUGAGCGCAAGAAGGAUCACGCUGAAGUUCUUCAGGGAAAUGAGCCUAUAUCUGAUGAGGAAGAUGACAUGUCUUCAGUUGGAGAAUAUAGCGAUGCCGAGUCUGGCAAAAAAGGAGAAAAUAAUGAAGAUGACGACACUUUAGACUUAACUGAACCUGGCGACAAGUUGAAAUUAAAAAGGCAGCAGCAACGUCUUGUUUCAAGUCCACCAGUAGAGGCUUCUGUGUCCCCCAAAGACACUAGGACUUUAGACGAUCAUGGCGAGUUGGAUUAUGAUGAUGAUGAGGGGGGUCAUAUGACACGGGUGAAGCCUGUUGAUGAGGAGAAGGAGGAUGGAGAGGAGGAUGAAGAGGAGGAGGGUGAACACAAGAGUGGGGAUGAAUCGACAGAUGGUGAAAUAGACGAUGAUGACUGUGAGGAGGGUGAGAUCAAGGAGCCAGACGGACGCCGGCCAUAUAUCCGACCGAUCUGUCGGUUCUUCCAGAGAGGCAACUGUACGUGGGGAGCGUCAUGUCGCUUCUUACAUCCUGGUAUCAACGAUAAAGGAAACUACACUCUCAUUGAACUUCCCUACCAAGGAAACAUGAACGUGAAUCGUGGACCAGUGAAAAGACGUGAACAAGAACAAGAAGAAGAGCAGGAACUACCACCGCCUCCAGAACCAGAAGAACCCAAGGUUGAAUCUGCCUGGGAACGAGGUCUCCGUCAUGCUAAGGAGUUGAAGAAGAAAGCCAACAAACGUAAAGAACAGGAGACUAAUUUACAGGAGAAGCGUCUCUAUCUGAGCUUUGAUGACGAACGAGAUUUCAAUAAAGAAAACGAUCUCAAGAAAUUCAAGGAUCCUUAUUAUGAUCAGGCUGAUUAUGAAGAUGAUGACUAUUAUUCACAGCAAGCCAAGCAGUCGUGGGGCGGUGGUCAGUACGAGAACUUUGAAGUGCGCUACACGAGAGAACCGGACUAUCCUCCAUCUCCCCCUCCCAUACCACGAUAUAGGCAUCGGUCGCCACCAUCAAUGGAGCGCGACUUUGAUCGGGAGAGACGGAGAGACAGAUACAGAUCACCGCCCGAUAUGCCGCCGAGACUGUUGGAUGAUAGACGUAAACCUCGACCAGAACCGCCUGGGCCAGGACCUGCUGCUGGACCUGGAGAUUCUUGGCAUGACCCCUGGAGCAGAUUAGAUAAAAAUCGUGAGGAUGCUCGAUUGCCACUGGAGAAGGUCCCCCGUGAUGAUGCUCCCCGAUCGGGUGCAAGAAAGCGGGGAGAUGAGUGGAGGGAUCCUUGGCAAAGAACGAAAUCCCCCAAAAAGCGUCGAGACUCAUCAUCGCGGAGUCGGUCGCCGCAUGGACGAGGAAGAAUGAGACGAAGAACACAUUCACGAGGCAGUUUCUCAUCUACAUACUCAUCAAGUUUUUCUGGGUCAUCUCGAUCAAGGUCAAGGUCUUCUUCUUUCGACUCAUAUAGCGACAGCAGUCGGUCAUCUUCAAGUUCAGGAUCUCGUUCUCCAGUACGACGCAGACCAGGACGGAGACCUCCAAUAGAAAGACCAUCAGGCCCAGCACCAGCACAUGAAGCUGGGCCAGGGGCACCUCCAGCACGAUCAGGCCCUGCCCAAGCUCGAGCUGGCCCUGGGGCUUCUCCAGUGCGUUCAGGGCCAGGACCUGCCCAAGUACGAGCUGGGCCUGCACCACCACCAUCACGAUCUGGGGCAGAGAAGCCCCCUGCGCGGUCUGGGCCUGAGAAGCCUUCUAGUCGGUCGGGUCCUGAGAAACCAUCAACACGGUCUGGUCCAGACAAGCCAUCGCAACGGUCUGGGCAAGAUAAACCAAUAGCAAGGUCAGGUUCUGAGAAAAUUCCACCUCGGUCUGGACCAGAUAAGCCCCCAGCACGUUCAGGUCCUGAGCCUCCCCCGGUUCGAGCUGCAGUCUCUCCAGCUAAGAAGUCACUAGUACAUGGACCACAACCUCCUCCACAAAUUCAGGCAAAGACAGGUCCUGCUCUUCCACCAGAAAUGUCGGCCAGCGAACCGCCAAGAAGUUCAGUAGCUUUAAAACGUAGUAUUAAAAGUCCAGAGAAGAAGCGAGUGGCUCCUGUCGCAGCUGCUCCAGCACCCAGUAUCAAAGCAUUACCAUCAGGGCCCAAGCCUCCGAAACCUGCAGGAGCUAAACUUGCAGGGCCUAAGCCUGUGGCAGUGAAACUUGCAGAGGAACGAGGCAGGAAGAAAGAGAGGCCUGGCAUAAGGCAAGUAUAUCAUUCCCACCCUAAGCCAGUGAUAUUUGGAGCUCAGUAUGUAGUGGUAGACUUCACAUGCUAUAGACCCGCCCAAUUGCAUAAUAGUCAUUGUUUUCUUUUCAGAAAGAGACGAAACACCAGUUUUAGUAGUUCAAGCGAGAGUAGUGGAUCACGAAGUUCAUCGUCGGAGAGUUCAGAUAGUUCAACAUCAAGUAGUUCAUCUGGUAGUGCCGACUCGGACCACUUGUAUCGAGAUAUGCCAAAAGUACACAAAGUCAAGUCAGAUAAAAAGGCGCCAGAAAAAUUAAAGGUAAAACAAAAGGAAAAAGAAAAGGUUAAGUCGCCGGUGAAAAAGAAAGUUGCAAAGAUUCCGUUGCCGGGCAAUGUGCAGAAAGAGAAGAUAAAACAGGAACAGAUCAAGCCAGCCCCGAUCAAGCAGACGCCUCCCCUCAAACCCACACCAUCCCUACCUCCCAUGGGCCCAGUUGCCCCCGCUCAGAUACUACAAGCUCAGCUAGCAGCUGCACCAAAGAGUUCAAAGGACCCGCUGAAAGUUAUAGGAACUAAGUCCAGUAUUAAAUUGACUCUAGCGAAAAAGGCUCCCCCUGAGAAGCAAGCGAGUAAACGAUCGGCUGAUUCGGCCCCAGUAGCGCCACCUAGUAAGAAAAUCAAAGAAAUGGAGCCACAGAGAGUAGAGAAAGAGCGACCAAAGUCAGAAGUGAAGCCUAAAGCCAAGCCAGCUCCGCCUGUCGUAUCAGCUCCAACUGCUAAACCUAGUGCCAAGCCCAUUACGAAGAAAGUGCCAGCAAUUCCCCAGAAACCUGCCCCUGUACCCCAGCCUGCUGCUCAACCUCCUCCUGUUGCUAAAGCCGCCAAGAAGAGUUCGACGUCACGGCGGGAGGAGUUAUUAAAACAACUCAAGGCAGUGGAGGACGCUAUUGCACGGAAACGAAAAAAGUUGAACUGAGACUUGAGUGUAGGAAAUAUUCUGUCUUGAUUAUGAGGAGCUUGAGUGCUAAAAUAGUGGACUGGUUUAAAAUUUGAAUCAUGAGUGACCUACUUAGAAUAAAAUAAUGUCAAUGUGGUUGAUGCCCGCAAAUUUUUUGGUAAAAAGCUGAAAUGUACUGUACAGUGUACGUACAUUGUCGUUUAUACUGAAUGGUAUCAUGUGCUAGGUUUUGGUUUUGCUAACCUGUUCCACAUGGUUGGUCCUAUGAGGGGAACUGCUCUGCAGAUGACAGAGAUUGCGAAAUGGUGGCAGACUUAACAGAAUCAGAUUGUAGAUUACUUUAAGAUAUCAUAUUUUCAUGUGAUGGUUUCAGUAGCACUGGUUUGAAUUUUAUGGAUGUAUGAUGCAUUUAUUUAUUUUCAUCAAUUAGUCAACUAGCUUUCUUUCUAAGUGUGAAACAGAAGGAGUGUUACCCCGUGCCUUGUUUUCUCCAAAAAAAAAACAUUGCAUGGGUUUAGUAUUGCAUGAUUAAAACCCUUGAUAUGAUGAAGAUGCUUUGUUUGAAGUAAAAAUGAUGUAAAAAUUUAUCAAUUUCAGUUGUAGUAGUCUGCCGGUUGAAUAAAAUAUGGUGCAAUUCUAUCCCCUGAAAAAUUGAAUCUGUUUGGGGUUUGUGAAUAGCGAAGAAAUAGUCUUAACUCAUUGGCUUGUCUCGCAAAAGGUUUUCUGGCCUUCUAAAGAGUAUGUCCUAUUCAGUUAGGUUAUAGUCUUCCUUUUUGUAUGUAUUCUUGUGUUGUGAUGGAGAAUGGCAGUGCCAGUCACAAUAAAACAUAUUGGAGAAGUGAUUUGAAUCACAUCACUCACGUAGCUCGCUCUUAAAAAUCCAAGGAGACAGUUUCACGUUAAUGUUAUUUGUAAACAAUUGAAUUGUUCCCUUCUCCUUUUAGGUGUUACUGGUAUAUAAGACUUGAGUAAUUACCAUCAUAUGACAUGGAUACAAAUGUACAUGUAUUAUGUUGUAAAUUAUAUCUUGUGUAAAUGUGUUCACAAUCGAGAUGUUUGUAUGAGUGCAGAUUUUCUACUCUACUGACUGCACAAAUACAAAUGUAAAUAAACUGGUUUUAUGAGA